AUGGCUCGAAACAUAUCGAACGAUUCACUGGAUGAUAUUGAAAACAGAUCGGAUGUGCUGAACCAAACCCGCUACUCGUUGCAGGAUGCGUCCGCCCUGCGAAACGAUUCGUUCGAGCUAAACGAUAUAGAACUGCUGGACACGAGUGUGACGGAUCUGUUGGACGAUCCAUAUCGAAUGAAGCUGCGACGGAAUAGCAACUACGACGGAUUCGACCAAAGCCUCGGCGACAGCUGGAUCUAUCCGGCCAACUAUCCGAUGAGGCGGUAUCAAUUCACUAUCACGGAAGCAGCUCUGUUUAAAAACACGCUCGUGGUGUUACCGACCGGGCUGGGCAAAACAUUCAUAGCUGCUGUCGUGAUGUACAACAUCUAUCGGUGGUAUCCUACCGGUAAGGUGAUCUUCAUGGCACCGACCCGUCCGCUCGUCAGUCAGCAAAUCGAGGCGUGCUAUCGGAUCAUGGGCAUACCCCGGUCAGACACGGCGGAGGUGACCGGAAAGCAGGCACGCCACAACCGCUCCACCCUUUGGCAAACGAAGCGCGUGUUCUACGCCACGCCGCAGGUCGUGCAGGCGGAUCUGGAAUCGUCCGAGCAAAUGUUCCCUGUUGAGCAGGUCCGGCUAGUCGUGAUCGACGAAGCACACAAGGCAAAGGGACGGUAUGCAUACGCGGAUGUGAUACGGCGCAUUGCAGAACGCAACCCAUACUUUCGAGUGUUGGCACUGUCCGCGACACCCGGCCGCACGCUGGAGGAUGUUGCUGAAGUUAUCAGGAAUCUGCUCAUCUCGCACGUUGAAGUGCGCUGGGAAAAUUCGAUCGACGUGUUGCCGUACGUGUUCCGGAAAGAUGUCCGUACCAUCGUAAUUCCGCUUGGACAGACGAUAGCUACCGUACGGAAGGAACUGCAGAGGUUAGUCAACCCAUAUCUGCAGCGUUUGCUCGAAUCGAACGUUUUCACGCAUUAUCCCGGCAACAUUACACCCGGCAUGCUCAUCAUGAGGCAAAAACAAUAUCGUGAAAAUGCGCUCCAUCAGCGGCAUCCGAACCAUAGUGCCAUUAUUGCUGAUUUCGGUGUAUGUAUCAGCAUGUACCAUGCGCUGGAUUUGCUCGUUAAGCACGGAAUAAGGACAUUUCUCAACUUCUUCGACGAUAGUGGUGGAACGAACGGGCAAGAGAAAUAUUUCGUUGCAAAGGACCGACAAAUCAAGACCUUUUUGGACCAGCUACGGGAGCAGUUUCAUCAUCGCGAACGACAUCAAAGUGCGAACGAUUCGGGUAUUAUAACCGGUAACGAUGACGUCGAUUUCGGACACCCGAAGUAUCGCAUACUGGAACAGCAGUUGAUGACAUUUUUCAAAGAGUUCCCGGACUCGAAGUCAAUCGUGUUUUGCGAAUUUCGCGAUUCGGUUUCGAUGAUCUAUCGAAUGCUAAGCAACAAUCAACCGUUGAUACGACCAAACUGCAUUGUUGGGCAAAGUAGAGCCAGCGGUGUUCGAGUGGCACAACAUGAACAGAUUGACGUUAUGCGCCACUUCCGUUCGGGAACUUACAACACUCUUAUCGCAACGUGUGUCGCCGAGGAGGGCAUCGAUGUCGGUGAGGUGGAUCUGAUAGUGUGCUUUGAUAUUGCUAAAAAUCCUAUGCGAUUCGUGCAGCGAAUUGGCCGCACGGGACGGAAACGUGUCGGGCGGGUGUUGAUGCUCGUGACCGAGGGCGAGGAACACGACACACUAAAGCAGGUGCUUGCAUCAAAGGACAAAACAAAUCAACAGCUGGCCCGCAGCAAAGACAUCCUGCGUAUCCUUUACCCACAUUCGCCUCGUCUCGUACCGCCCGGGGUACAACCCAAGUGUGUAACAAUGUACAUAAACAUCCCGGACGAGGAAGCAACGGUACGCAAAGCGCGUUCGGAUUCAUCCGACGGAGAAGUAUGUAGCGCCAACAGUGGUCGAAAGAGGAAAAACACCAGACGACGGAAUGAUGCGAAUGAAGUGCUAGAACCGUCAUCGAAACGAAAUAAACGCACCACGAUAACGAGGGAUGUAAGGGAUUUUUUCACGCGGCAACGAACUGACCCGACGGAUCCGUUGGACGCCAGCGAGCGGGACAUAUUUGCAGUGGAAUCACCGAAUCGGCGAGACAAAGAUGGUUUGAUGGAUCGAUCGCAUAUCGGGAAUACAUCCAUACCAAUCGAUCAUACGAUUCGCUUGGGUCGCACUGACACUCAAGUCGCAAUCGACACACUUUUGCAGCCCCUGGUACGGCAUUACAGGCAAUUAUGCCGGCAUAAAUUCCUUUACCGCCAGAAGCUACUAGACGCACCCAAGCAGACGCGGAUAGAACUUCAUGAAGCGUCCAGCGACGUACCUGUGCAAGACAAUCCGCUUGAUCUUCCGCAGUUAGUUCCGCACGGGAUGGAUCGUGCCGUUGCUAGUCAAGCUGCUGAAGAGUGCUUGAUAGCGGACAAGUCCAUCUCGAACCUCUUUGAUUCGUCGUUCUGUCUGCUGGAGACCACGUCCAAUGCCACGUGUCCACGGGAAGGUUCAACUAAACCACCGACCGAGCUCGCACUCGUGAGUGGGAGAAAAUCACGCGUAUCAACGCUGAAAAAGCUCAAAAAGCAAUCCAUCUCACCAAAGGAUUUAUCCAACAGUCCACUUCUGCUGGCAUUUAAUCGAUCGGUGCAGAAAAGAAAAAAUUCCGAUGCGCCUGACACACCAGCACGCACUAACCGCAGUUUUGGUCCAUCCGAAACACCGCAAGGGCAAAGAAGCAGCGUUUCACACCGGAUGGUUUUGGAAUAUUUUCACCUGAAAAGUUUGGAUGAUAUCUUUGAAGACGAUUCAUCCGAUUGGUCGGUACCGGAGGCAGAUGCUGCAGUUAAUGAACGACAGCAAAGCGGUGAAAAGCUUAAAGAUACCCCCAUCAGUAGGAAACUCUUCGGUUCGGAAUUUAAAGCCACACAAACAACAAACGAUGCAGCUGAGAUAUUUGUGACGAAUGAAAAUAAAUACGCUUGCAACAAGACGAAUCUCGUAACCAUGUCAGAUAAGCGGCAUAUACCAUCGACUGGCCGUAUGUUGGAAACCAGCAGUAAUAUCAGCAGGAAAAAUUUUGACCUGGGUACCGCAGAGCUGGUUUUCCAGGAUGAUAGCAUCAGCGAGCAUAGGUAUGAAAACCCCACGACAUUCGCACCUUCUUUCAUCGAACCGCCGCAAUCUCAAACUAGCGCCUUUAAAAUGGCGAGCUUGCGAUCGCAAAAGCACACACUCAGUGACAUCAUUAGCCAAGACGCGAUGUACUGUCUUCCAGGCAAAUCGCCAUAUUUUGUUGCUUCUUUUGCGAAACGUUCCCCUGCGGGAAAGGUGAAAAAUGGGAAUAAAUCGUCUGAGAUAAGUGAUGUGAUGGACAUGGGAUCGGUGAGCAGUACCGAAAAUCGUUCCUGGGUUGAGGGUGUUGGCAUGAAUGAAAGUAUUAUCGGGCGGAAGGCUAGACCAGUCAGAAUCGAAUCCAGCUCGGAGAGUUUGAAUGACGAUCAAAUUAACCAUGCCAUUUUCCGUUUGAAUGACUCUCCGAUAAGAGACGAGAAGAAAGAUGACGACGUUUUCCAACCGGCUGUUGAGAAACGUUCUUCAAAUCAGUACAAAAAACAGUGGAUCCUCGGCAAAAAGAAUCCACAAAAUAGUAAACGGCCGGGUCGUGGUUUCCUGCUCACGCAAGCCGCAGUAUCAGACGACGACGGCGACGAUGAUGCCGGUAACGAAAGUGAUGGCACGAACUCACUAGCAAGCUUUGUAACCGCAUCGGACGAUGAGCAGUGUUCGGUGGACAUGCGUGCGGUCUAUCUUCAGUCCGUGCGCAGUCCAUUUGCUAGCCGUGGUGGCUUGAAAAACCCGUCCAAUGCGUUAGGCAGUCGGGAUCGGUUACCGGUGCUGAACGACACGGAUGCAUACCACGACGUAGAGGAUAGCUGCGCGAUGGAUGAAAUAGAUACGGAAAUGUACUCCUUCAUCGACGACAACAUUAAGACCAACACGGACACGGAACUUUCCGAGCUUGAGAUAGCCGAACGUUUGCUCAAAGAGCGCCGCCGAAGGAAACGGCAGACUCGUUGUUCGGGUGAACACAUUUUGGCAGGAAAGAAGGAACGACGGCGUAUUAUUCAGUUAAUAUCCUCCGACUCCGACUGA